GUGAAAUCGUGCGCGUAGCAGCCAUUGGAGAGGUGGUCCUGGGGAUGGAAAAUUUCGGGACCACCUUUCUCGAGCGCCCAUCAAAAACCUAAAACAGUUCCACACCUUGUUCUUGGCUCGCUCUCUCUCUCUCUCUCUCUCUCUCUGUGGAGCUUAAAAUCCUUUUUCUUUGCGGUUUGAUUGAUCUUACACUGCUGCUACUGCGCGCUGCUAUUGCUUGGUGGUGGUGGUGGCAGUGGGAGCAUCUUUUUGUGCGGCUGGAAUCGAAGCACGAAGGUGUGUGCAAUCGGGAGAUCCGAGGAAGACGCUGCCACACUAAUCGCUUUUGGAAAUUUGGAGAAGGAGGAGCUUGUUUUGGUUCUUUCUUUGUUUCCCUUCUUUUCUUCUUUCUUUGUAGCCAAGCCAGGGGGAAAGCUCUCCAAGAUCGUGAUCGAGAACACAAAGAAGUUCUAGCAUUUGUUCUUCGCUAGUGGGCGAUGCUCUAUCGACUCCCAUUGCCGAAUUGAUCGAUCGAUCCAAGAAGAGAAGCAAAAAAGGAGGAGAAGAGAAGCUCGCUCCAAUGGCGCCCACAAUCGAGACCCAGCAGCAGCAGCAGCAGCAACAGCGAAGCGCCACCACCACCGCCAAGACAAUGCCACAUUUGUGCAAUCCCUCCCCUGAAUCGCAAACCCGCGAGUACCUCUACAGAUCCAAGCUGCCCGACAUCGCCAUCGCCCACGACACCCCCCUGGUCGACUACGUCCUGGAGCGCGCGGCGCGCUUCUCGGCCCGUCCGUGCGUCAUCGACGGUAAGUCGGGCGCCACCCUCACGUACGGCCAGGUGGCCGUACAAUCCGCGCGGCUCUCGGCUUCACUCGCCGCGCGUCACGGCCUCCGCCGCGGCGACGUCGUCAUGCUCCUCCUCCCCAACUGCAUCGAGUUCGUGCUCGCCUUCCUGGGCAUCCUCCGCCGCGGCGCCGUCGCCACCACCGCCAAUCCCUUCUACACCGCCCGCGAGGUGUGCGAGCAGGCCCGCGCUUGCAACGCCCGGAUCGUCAUCACGCUCUCGCCUUACGUCCCCAAGCUCGCGGAGCUCGAUCCGGACGUGGUGAUCUUCACGAUCGAUGCUCCACCACCGCCCCAAGAUGGAGAAAACUCUCGCCAAGAUGGAGAGAACUCGCCAAGGAGAAAGCUGGUCCUUCCAUUCUCCACGCUGCUCGAGGAGCCCGAGGUGGAGCCCGAGGUGGAGCCCGAGCCCGAGGUGGUACAGCCGGACGACGUGGCGGCACUCCCCUACUCGAGCGGCACCACCGGAUUGCCCAAAGGGGUGAUGCUCACGCACCGCGGGCUCGUCACCAGCAUCGCCCAGCAGGUGGACGGCGCCAAUCCAAACAUCUACUGGACGCCCGACGACGUCGUGCUGUGCGUGCUGCCGCUCUUCCACAUCUACUGCAUGAAUUCGGUGUUCCUGUGCUCGCUGCGAGUCGGAGCCACCAUUCUCAUCAUGCCCAAGUUCGAGAUCGCGGAGCUCCUGGAGCUCAUCCAGCGCCACCGCGUCACCAUCGCGCCGUUCGUGCCACCCAUCGUUCUCGCCAUCGCCAAGAACCCGAUCGUGGACAAGUAUGAUCUUUCCAGCGUCCGGAUGGUGCUGUCCGGCGCCGCGCCGCUGGGGAAGGAGCUCGAGGACGCGUUUCGGGCUCGGCUACCUCUGGCGGUACUCGGUCAGGGGUAUGGGAUGACCGAAGCUGGGCCUGUGAUCGCCAUGAAUCUGGCAUUCGCGAAAGAAGUUUUUCCAGUCAAGCCUGGAUCUUGCGGAACGAUCGUGAGAAACGCCACUGCCAAAGUGGUGGAUCCCGAGACUGGAGUGUCACUUCCACACAACCAAGCUGGAGAGAUUUGUAUCAAAGGAGCCCAGAUCAUGAAAGGCUAUCUGAAUGAUCCAGAGGCAACUGCACUGACGAUCGACAAGGAGGGCUGGCUUCACACCGGAGAUGUCGGAUACAUCGAUGACAAUGACGAGGUUUUCCUGGUGGAUCGUGUCAAGGAGAUCAUCAAAUUCAAAGGUUUCCAGGUGGCACCGGCUGAGGUUGAAGCGAUUCUCACGUCGCAUCCGUGCGUUGCUGAUGCUGCAGUGAUCCCGAAAAAGGAUGAAACCGCCGGAGAACUGCCAGUAGCAUUCGUGGUGAUUGCAAAUGGCUUUCAAGUAUCGGAAGUGGAGCUCAAGCUGUUCGUAUCACAACAGGUUGUCUUCUACAAGAAAAUCCACAAAGUUUACUUCGUGGACUCCAUACCCAAGUCACCGGCAGGAAAAAUCCUGAGAAAGGAUCUGAGAAGCAAGCUGGAGCUAAACUAAGUUUCCACACACUCACACACACACAAGGGAUAAACAUCAAUUUUCACACGAGAGCGAUAAAUGGGAAAGAGAGAAAAAAGAAAAGAUCAAAAGAAAAUGUACAGCAGAUUAUUAACGCUUGAUGAUUGAUCCAUUCGCCACGCACCUUGAAACGCAAAGUUUUGUUAUUUUCAGGACUACAAAAAUGGAUCAAAAAGAAAAAAUCGACCAAAGAGCUA